AAAAAAAAAAAUACUUCGCCCCGGAACGCGAUUCCAAAAAAAAUGAGCGAACUGUCAAAUUGUUGACAACUAAACUGUCACUUGCGUUUUGUUUUCGGUGUGCAGAACACGUGCAUUUACAACAAUUUCAAUAAAUUUAUCAUUUUAUUAAAUAAAAAUACAAAAUAAUGGCACGUAAAAACAUAAAAAAGAAGCCUAAAGUAGUUCCUGUGGAAAUACCCAAAGAUGAAAAUCCACCACUUCCAUCAAAAAGAUUAUCUGAUGAUCCAAUUCCCAAAAAGGAAAAAUGGACAAACAAACAACGUGUUUUAGUUUUUGCUGCUCGCGGUAUCAAUCACAGAGAUCGUCACUUAAUGGGCGACAUCAAAACUCUUAUGCCUCAUCAUCGACCUGAAUCCAAAAUGGAACGUGCCAAAACUCUAUCACUGGUCAAUGAAAUGUGUGAAAUGAAGCAUUGCAAUCGAGCAAUUCUCUUCGAAGGCCGAAGGAAGCGUGACUUGUACAUGUGGUUGUCGAAUGUCCCAAAAGGUCCUUCGGCUAAAUUCCUCGUCGAAAACAUUCACACAAUGGGUGAAUUGAAAAUGACUGGCAAUUGUCUGCGUGGUUCUCGGCCAUUGUUGUCAUUCGAUCAGAAAUUUGAUACAAUUCCACAUUUGUCUUUGCUCAAAGAAUUAUUAAUUCAAACCUUUGGUGUCCCAAAUCAUCAUCCAAAGAGUCAGCCUUUCGUCGAUCAUGUUUUCACAUUCACAUUCCUCGAUAAUCGAAUUUGGUUUAGAAAUUUCCAAAUUCUUUCCGAAGAUGGUGGAUUGGCUGAGGUGGGGCCACGUUUUGUAAUGAAUCCGGUGAAAAUAUUUGAAGGUUCAUUCACGGGCAAUGCCAUUUGGGAGAAUCCGGAUUAUGUUAGUCCGUCGAAGCAGAGACAAUCGUUGAAGAAGGCUUCCAGCGAUAAGUAUGUGAAUAGAGUUGAACAAAAAGUACGUCACGAAGCGACAAGGCCAAUGAAUGCUUAUGAAGAUGUUGAAUAUGAUGAUAUAUUUGCCACAAAUAAUGCUAUUGAGACUGCUAAAGUAUUGGCAGCAAAACAAAAGGAAAAGUCUAAAAUAGUUAAACCCAUAAAGGCGAAAUUAGAUAAGAAAAUCAAAGAAAAACAAUUGAAACUUGCAAAAAAAGUGAUUGAAAAGAAAAAAGGCAAAGCAAAAUCUUCAAAGAAAAAUGGAAAAGAAAUUGAUGCGUAAAUAACAAGAUUUUAUAUUUUAUAUUUAAAUAAAAACACUUUGGUAAUGUUACCAAUAAAAUA